AUGUAUCCGGCAAUCGACGAGUCCGACCUGUAUUUGGCUUGCGAUCGGGUGCACAAUAAUGCGGAACCUUCGAACUAUGAUAUAUUUUGUGUUCAUAUUACACUGGCUAUUAGUACGAAUACCCUCAUGCAGUAUGACGAGAAGCGGGCGACCUCCGCUACUCGAGGUCUUUGGGCGACGGCCCGUGGUCAUCUCGAUCAGAUUGGGUCCGAAAACCUCCAAGAGCGAUUGCAAGCCUUACAGCUUCUGACUCACUAUGCUUGCUUCAAUCCCCAAGACGCCAAUUGCGUCAAUUGCGGCGCAGCGGCAACCAGGUUAUGCUUGCAACUGGGACUACACCACGAAUUGAGUGAUACGACACGAACAAGGUUAAAGCUGGACUCCACGACAAUAAAUCAUCGCAGGCGAUUGUUCUGGAAUGCAUAUUGCCUCGAGGUUGCAAUUCACACGGUGCUGUGCCGACCUUUCAUAUGGCCCAAAGACGCAUUCACGGCCAAGUUUCCCGACUUUGACACGGAAUCGUGCCCAAUUCCUCAUGUCUGGCGACUGCGGUACAUGGAAGCGGAGAUCUUUUCAGCCAUGUAUCAUCCUCAUUUGGCUCGUAAUGACCAGCUUUGGAAAGAUACCUUCGAUGAGUGGUUUAUCGGCAUACAGAACCGGGUCGACGAGUGGUUGUUGACGACCCGCAAGAGCUGCUUGACCUUGAGACUAAAUCGUCCUUCGCCGCGCUACCCCACUCCUACCAGAAGGAUGCAGAGGAAGACUCUCCAGUCUUCUAUAGCUCUCAUCCGAGAAUUCAACACUAUCGAUCGGAUGGGAAAGCUCUUCAUCAUUUGGCACGCAGCCUUUUUCAUCGUCGAAUCCGGUGUCUGCCUAAUGGCUUCGAUCUUGACCGAACUAGAAUCCGAAUGCACGCACCGGGGCUCUUCGUAUCUCGGGAACCAAGAUGUCGCGAUUCUAAUCUGCUGCAUGAAAACAUUCCCGUCUUUGCUCAGAAAGUUGUCCCGUCGCCGGAAACAAGUCACGCCGCAUGCAUCCGCUUUAGAAGCUGUCUCCUAUCUGGUCUUAGAGAAACUUGAGCAAUGGUCGAGUGGCGACAUAGUCUGGGGCACCGACUUUGAGACAUUACGACGUGAUCGUGACAACGCAGCCCCCUCUGCCCAUGACGCUGGCGCUCGAGUAGCAUUGCUGGAGGCCGCACCCAAAGAAUUGCGAGGAGGCAACAGCAGAUUUGCCUCGGCCUGUUUUCGGGUGGCACGCAAUGGCAUGGGCGACAUAGAGCCGCUGAUCCAUCCGGACAACAAGUAUCUGGUGAAGAGGGCCAGGCUGGCGCCAUUUACCAAAGAACGGUACGCGCAAGAGUUUGCCGAGACGUCAAAGGACCAUUUUGAUGCCGCCGCGAUUGAAGUCAUGUUCGCCCACUCUCUCGACACGGUGCGUUAG